UCUGAAGCGAACUGAACCGAAUCCCUCCAGUCACGUCGAGGACAACAACCGUCAGACAGAACUACACGACGUUCAAAUGAACCCAGCGCGGUCUUCGACUGAAGACAUGGAAAAGAACAAACAUCGCAAUGACAGCUCCAGGGUCAGAGAAGCCAUGCAAAUGUUUGAUCCUCUGCACAUUGAAAAGGAGAAGCCCAAAAGUGAAAACCAGCAGAAUGGUAAGGAUGGCAAGGAUGGCUCACUACAGGCCAGCUCCUCUAAUCCAUCCACAUCUGGACAUAGUAAGGCAAGCAAACGCGAUGGAGACAGCUGCAACGAGGACGCAAAAAAGGCAAGCAAACACCAUGUAGACAGCUGCAAUGAGGAUGGAGGUAAAGCGAGCAAACACCAUGCAGACAGCUACAAUGAGGAUGGAGGUAAAGCGAGCAAACACCAUGCAGACAGCUGCAAUGAGGAUGGAGGUAAAGCGAGCAAACACCAUGCAGACAGCUACAAUGAGGAUGGAGGUAAAGCAAGAAAACACCACGUAGACAGCUACAACGAGGAUGGAGAUAAAGUGAGCAAACACCAUGCAGAUAGCUACAAUGAGGAUGGAGAUAAAGCGAGCAAACACCAUGCAGAUAGCUACAAUGAGGAUGGAGGUAAAGCGAGCAAACACCAUGCAGAUAGCUACAAUGAGGAUGGAGGAAAAGCGAGCAAACCCGAUGGAAGCAGUUGCAAUGAGGAUGGAAUUGAGGCAGCCAAACACAUGCCUGUGGGGACGCCGUGUGGCGAGGAGUGCAGUGGAGUCGGCUUGUCGUGCUGCCGGCUGGAUGAACUGAAGACGCUUCCACAGUGUGACAUCAAACUGGGAAAACUGAACUUCUCAAAGACUCACACCGUCCUCAUAGAUGUGAAUUCCUUCAGAGUCGAGGCGAUUGUUCCUCAGGACGGGAGAGACCUGUGGCACAGCAGCUUUGUUAAGAUGCCGUGUUCAACAUCGAGCUUCUCAACAAAACCAGACACACAGAUUGGUCCCCUUAGAUUCAAGAGCCAAUCGGGCCCGGUGUCGAGGUGGAGCCUGAUCUCCGAGCAGCUGCGUGCUCUGGCCAGGAAGAAAACAGCAAAAGCCGAAGAGGUGGAGAAAGCCAUCCUCAGAUACAACCCCAAGUAUGAACGCAUGUGGUCUUUUGAUGCACUUCAAGGAUACAUGAAGAAUGACAUGGAACACCUCUACGAGAAGCUGUUUCCGAAGAUCGCUGCUCUGGCCUUGAAGCUGCCUCAGGAAGUCAAGAAGGCCAUCCCUCUGCUGCAGCGCCACCAACCAGCCUCCAUCACUUUGUCCCAGGGUCAGAUUUCCUGUCUCCUGGCCAACGCCUUCUACUGCACCUUCCCUCACCGCAACACCACAAACCCCAAAUCAGAAUACCACAACUACCCCUUCAUAAACUUCAACAGAUUAUUCGGAAGUUGGUCGGUGCGGAAGAACGAGAAGUUCAAGGCCAUCAUGCACUACUUCAACGUGAUGACAGACGAGAAAUCCAAGCCGGAAGGCCUGGUGACGUUCGAGAGGCGGUGGCUCAGCGACGCAGAAGCUCCGACCUGGGAGAAUUGCAGACACACCCUGCACAAGCUGCAUGUCACAUCAGAGGGUCGGAUCGAGGUCGAAGGUGCACAUUUGCUUCAGGUGGACUUCGCUGCCAGCAGGAUAGGCGGGGGUGUCCUGGACUCCGGCCUGGUUCAGGAAGAGAUCUUGUUCCUCAUGAACCCGGAGCUAAUCGUAGCUCGUCUCUUCACAGAGAAACUUGACAAGGACGAGUGUGUCAUCAUUACAGGUACGCAGCAGUUCAGCUGUUACUCUGGUUUCAGUGACAGUUUUCAGUGGUUGGGUCCUUAUGAUGAUCACCUUGAAAGAGACGAGUGGCGUCGGCUGAAGCGGCAGAUUCUGGCCAUCGAUGCCUGUCACUUCAAACAUCCCAUGGAUCAGUACAACAUGGAGAAAGUUAAACGGGAACUGAACAAGGCCUACUGUGGGUUCAAAGGUCACCAUGGUCAUGAAGAGCCAGACAUCGCCACAGGAAAGUGGGGCUGUGGAGCCUUCAAUGGAGACCCAGAACUCAAAGCUGUGAUCCAGCUGAUGGCAGCAGCAAGGGCCCGGCGGGGUUUGGGCUUCUUCACGUUUGGAGACCACGAUCUGUGCAGAAGGCUGCAGCAGACGUACCACCUGCUGGUCACAAAGAAUAUGACAGUUGGCCAGCUGUACAGACAUCUGGGCAAGUACUGUGAUCUACGUAACAAACCCCAUUUCCACGAGGGUUUGUUUGACUAUCUGAAAAAAACCCAGAGUCAGCUCUGAAGUAUCAAACUGAAGAAAUUAGUUUAUAAUGAAGAAAACAAUACUUCUGAAAUAGGCUUUUUUUGCACAUUUUGACACUGUGAUUGAGAACAAACGGUAACGCAUCAGGACGUCUAAAGCAAUUGAUCAAUCAAAUGACAUUCACUGUUCUGAGAAGCUGCCAGAGCCUGAAUGACCAAACAUCCCAUCACUGAAUGUUUGCUCCUGAUACAGGGAGCUUAGUUUUUAGUUCUAUUUGUGUUAAAAAGUGAAUGUUCUGUAGUGUUAUCUUACCUCAUC